CCGAUAUUUAUGCUACGGGUUUGAACCUCCUGAAAAAACUAUACAUCCCAGUAUGCCACGGGACGGAGACAGGAAGUGACGUAUGUUCUGCAGGGCCGUGUCACGUUACUAGGUAUCUGCUUCCUGUCGCGGGGUCACUAUAGAGGCAGCGGGACAGCUUGCUGUGUGAGCGGAGGAGAAGGCUUGCAAGGACCGGUAGCAGAGCGGGGCUCCUCGGCGCCAUGGUGUACGCCUUCCUCAUCCACACAGUGGGGGCCCCUGGGCCCUGCCGGCUCCUGUACCAGCGCCUGUUCUGCUGCGGGGCGGUGGAGGAGCAGCGGCGGGCGGAGGAGGAUUUCCUGGAGAAGGAGCAGGUCGGGCGGAAGCGUCAGCUGACGGCGGUGGCCAGGCGGGUGGAGUUCCUGUGUCUCCUGAGGCGUCAGUUCUCUCUUCCAGCCGCUGACCCAGAGGAGGCGCUCACGCUCCAUGAGGAGGAUGUCGGGGUGCUGGGGCUACCUCCGGGGGAGCCCUUCCUGCAGGAGAUGACUGUGCUCUGGGUGGGGGUUCAUCACCUUGGCUUCUCUCUGAUCUGUGACCCCCAGGAGAACCUGACGCUGGCGGAGAUGACGCUGAGGAUGAUGGUGAAGUAUCUGCUGGAGACGCUGCGCCUCCAGACUCACAGCAGCAACGCCAUCCUCCGGGCCGACAAGAUGGAGCUGGCCCUGAACGCCUUCAUCCCGCAGGGGGCGCUGCUGUUCCUCAGUCACCAGGCCGUGCAGGCGCUAGAGAAGGAGCUGAGCAGCUGCAUGACCCUCUGAGGAGCCUGCCACAGCGCCCCCUGGAGAACACAGACUGUACUGAGGGGGAGAAAUGGGGCCACAGCGCCCCCUGGAGAACACUGCCUGUACUGAGGGGGAGAAAUGGGGCCACAGCGCCCCCUGGAGAACACUGCCUGUACUGAGGG